AUGAAUAUGUUGGAUGAUGAAGAUGACAAAAGCUUUCACGCUACGCGUGACGGCUACUCCCAUUUGAGCGAUGUCGAAUGGGAUGCGGUUGAACGAAUGGGUUCGACCAUAAGCAUCCAUGCUGUUAGCGUCAUGCUAGAGGCUCUCAAUAGAGAUGCCCAACAUGCUACUAUCGCCAAGUUCAUUCAAAAUGAACUUGACGCUGAACGCGAGAAAUUUGAACUGUUGAGACAGCAGCAGGCUGCUGCUGGCGGGUCGAUGCACUCGCGUCGACCCGAGACUUUGAAUAUUGACAUCUCCAAGUAUAGGGGGGUCGAAGAAGACUCCCUCUUGAGAUGGUUCGUCGAAUUGGAUGACGCCAUAAGGGCGCGUCGCAUCGACGACGGGGAUAUGCAAGUUGCACUUGAUCAGUCAAAUCUGGCAGGACGUGCCAAGACUUGGGCACUGGGGCUCAAGUUGCACGACCCAUAUGCGUUUGGGUCGUUGGAAGUCUUCAAGUCGCGGCUCAGACAAACGUUUGAACCGCCUAGAGCUGAGUUCAGAGCUCGAACUGAACUCUUGAAGCUCAAACAGGGUAAGCGUGAUGUGCACGCUUACGCGCAACAUAUACGACAUCUUACGAGUUGUAUAAGUUCCAAUCCAGUGGAUGAACACACGUUGGUUUCGGUGUUCAUGCAGGGUCUUGCGGAUGGUCCCGUCAAGACUCACCUGUUCCGACUUGAACUAGAUUCACUAGAACAAGCCAUUUCCAUUGCGGAGCAGGAAGACUUCAGUCUGAGACAGGCUCGCGCCAGCUCGACAUCAUAUCGUCAACCGAGACGAUAUGACAACGGAGGUCCAGAGCCGAUGGAACUCUGUUAUGUAGAGAGCGAGAAGGUUCGCUCUACAGGCUACAAGAAGUUGCAGAGAUGCAACAGAUGUCAAAAGACAGGACACUACGCUUACGAGUGUAGUGCCCCUCGUCCAGUGUCUCGCAACACUGGGCGUAGUGACUGUCCACCCAUGAGAAAGGGGCAGGGACGCGGGUCCGCUGUUGGUGCAAUGACGCAACAACGGGAUGGACUGUCAAAAAACGGUCAAGAUCAGUAG